AAAAAAGCACGUGUUCUUCUGUAGUGUCAACAUGGGGAAGAGGAGGCAAAACAAGACAAUUUUCACAAAUUUAUCCAAAAAACAAAAGAAACAUCUAAAGGAAUUUGGAGAGGAGCACCCUUUUCAUGACAUAGUAAAUGAAAAACCAGAAAGAACUCAAAUACUAGAACUGCCUGACAGCCCAGAGCAACCCACGGUGCAUGAUGAUGAAGCUGAGGACUAUGAGGAAGAGCCAGAGCAGAAGACUGCAUAUCAAAAACUCCUUUCCACUCUGGAUCCAAAUCAGGGCUCAAGUGAAGAGGAAGACAGCAGUGAUGAAGAUGAAGAAGAGUACGAAGAGGAGCUUGUCAGUGAAGGCAUUGACGGAGGAGAUGAAAGUGAAGAAGGUGAAAAAGAAGAAGGGGAUGUAGAGGUGUAUCAUGAUGAUGAUUCAAUUGAAGUGAAAGAGAAUACUGCUGAGGAGAACAAAUCACCAGAUGGAGAAUUCAUUGACCAGGAAAAUGAGUCCCUUUUUUGCCUGGAGAACAACUUUGAACAUGGGGAAGAAGAGAAGAAUGAAGACAAUGCAGAGAGGGAGCAUAAAAAUGAUAAAGAUUUGUUUGUACAGCAUUUGGACACAGAGCUCAGUGAAGAAGAUAUUGAAAAAAUCACAACAGGCAGCAAAGUGAAGACCCAGGUUAAGUGGCCAAAACUGGGAAAUCUUCUCAGCCAUAGUACACUGGAAAGGUUUGGAGUCAUUGGUACUCAAAAGGACACACCUCUUCCAGUUUUCCAUAAGCUUAUUGAAACAUCAUGGAAGGACUUGAACCAAACUUUUGAUUCACCAGAAGAAGUUACUCCACUCCAGAUUGAGCUGCUAUCUCUCAUGGGCUCCUACCGGGACAUCUGCUAUCCUGAAAUGUGUCCGAUCAAACAAGGGCCUCAGGUUCGCAGUGCCUACUGUGUACAUGUGCUCAAUCAUGUCUUGAAAGCAAAUUCCCAGGUCCUGGCUCACAGUGCUCAGCUACGAGAACAGAAAAGUCAAGCAAAAGCAGAAUCUGAGCCACAGGAUGAACCACGGGAUCAAGGGCUAACCAGACCAAAAGCCUUGAUUCUAGUGCCAUUUCGAGAUAAAGCUUUGCAUGUUGUCCAAACGCUCAUUGGUUUAUUAGAAACUAAAAGCAAAAAAAUUGUAGUGAACAAUAAGAAGAGGUUCAAGGAGGAAUUUGGUGAAGAUCCAGAAGACAAACCUUCUAAUUUAAAAAGGCCGGAUGAUUACCAUGCAGUUUUUUCUGGCAAUGUGGAUGAUCAUUUCAGGAUAGGUGUUUCAAUUAUCAGAAGCAGCAUGCGGCUGUAUGCCCCCUUCUACUCGUCAGACAUCAUCAUUGCGUCUCCUCUGGGCCUUCGGACUGUGCUGGGAGCUGAAGGGGAGAGUAAAAGGGACUUUGACUUUCUUUCUUCAAUAGAGAUUUUAGUGGUGGAUCAGGCUGAUGUAUUUCUGAUGCAAAACUGGGAACAUGUUCUGCAUGUGAUGAAACAUAUGAACCUGCAGCCAUUGGACUCUCAUGGAGUGGACUUCUCCAGAGUGAGAAUGUGGAGUCUAAAUAACUGGGCCAAACACUACAGACAGACUCUGGUGUUCAGUUCGAUACAGGACCCACAAAUCAACAACAUCCUCUCCAAGCACUGCACCAACUACAGAGGCCAGGUUGUUACUAAAAACAUUCCAAAAACAGGCUCCAUCUGCCAGGUGUUGGUCCAGUUGCCUCAUGUAUUUCAAAUGUUCCAUUCAGACAGCUUUAUGGACCAGGAUGCUCGGUUCCGGUUCUUUGUGGAUAAAGUACUUCCUCAGUACAAGGACUCAGUCAUGUCCCAUACAAUGAUCUACAUUCCCUCUUAUUUUGAUUACAUCCGUUUACGAAACUACAUGAAAAAAGAAGAACUGAACUUUGCCAGCAUUUGUGAAUACUCCAGCAAGUCAGAGGUGUCCAGGGCCAGACACUUUUUUCAAAAAGGAGAUAAACAGUUUAUGCUCUUCACAGAACGCUUCCACUACUACAAAAGGUAUACAAUCAAAGGGAUCCAGAACUUGAUAUUCUAUGGGCUACCGUCUUACUCACAUUUCUACAGUGAGGUCUGUAACAUGCUGUCCGAGGGGGGCCAAGGAGAACAGGCCAGUUGGACAUGCACUGCCCUGUACUCUCGCUAUGAUGCCCACAAACUGGCAGCCAUUACUGGAGCUCAGAGAGCAGGACAGAUGCUGCAUUCAAACAAGUCAGUUCAUCUUUUUGUGACUGGAACAGAGGACAAAGCAACAUGAGAAAGAUGUAAGAGAGAGAUCACUCCAGAGAACUGAUGUAAUUAGAUAGGCCAUAACCAAUAAUAUGACUAUAAAAAAAAAAAAAAACGACUAGUACAUUUGCAGUUGAAUAAACAUUUAAAAUGACAAUGAUAGAUCAUUUAAAUCUCUGUCUUUUCCUUUCUAUUUUUCUAUGUUAAAGAUGGGAUAUACAUUCAUACUAUAUUCAUAUUAAUAAUUUAAUUCUCAUCUUUAAUGGCCUGUAUCUUGGACUAUAAACUGUCUACCUUUUUAAUAACAUUUUCUGUAUCAACUGUGA